GCAAGAAGAUCCUGCAAAACCGCCUGCAUCGAGGUGUGAGUCAGACCGCUGCUGGCUCGACCAGGGAAGGUUCAGUGUCUUCUACCAUCACAUCCCGGCUCACUGGUCAUGGUCUCACACUCCCUCAGGUGCUGUAAUGAUUAACUUCUUCAGGACGCUCACAGGGCUGAUAACUAUCCGGGCACCAGCAUGUGCUCAGCUAGUCUGCUGAAGUCCUGAGAUGGAGACAAAUCAGGAAAGAGACGGUGGUGGAAGGAUGGCGAGGCGGGAGGCAGGGGAGAGGGCUCCGGAGCUGAGGCUCAGGAGGGAGAUUGGCCUGUGGAGUGCCGUGUCCCUGAUUGCCGGCUGUAUGAUCGGCUCUGGCAUCUUCAUGUCUCCACAGGGGGUCUUGGUUCAUAUGGGCAGCCCAGGGGCCAGCCUUGUGGUCUGGGCAGCCUGUGGCCUCCUGGCCAUGCUGGGUGCCCUGUGCUAUGCUGAGCUGAGCGCCUUGAUUCCAGAAUCGGGGGGAGAAUACGCCUACAUCUUGCGAACAUUUGGGCCCUUGCCGGCCUUCCUGGUCAUCUACACGUUUGUGCUGGUGGGCAGACCAGCGGCCAUCGCCGCCAUCGUGCUGAGCUUCGCCGAGUAUGCCGUGGCUCCCUUUGACCCUGGCUGCUCCUCACUGCCCCAGUUUCUGCUCAGGAGUGUCGCUGCCGCCUGCUUGCUGCUGAUGACGCUGGUCCACUGCUGGAGCUCGCGGCUGGCCACCACGCUGAUGAACGUGUUCACGGCUGCCAAAGUGCUCUCGCUGCUGGUCAUCGUGGGGGGCGGGGCCGUGGUGCUGGGCCAAGGCCGUGGCCGCACCGAAGCCCUACUGUCAGCCUUCGACAACACGACGUGGCAGGCAGGGCGCAUCGGCAUGGCCUUCUACCAGGGCCUAUGGUCCUUCGACGGUUGGAAUAACCUCAAUUACGUGCUGGAGGAGCUCAAGAAUCCAAAGCAGAACCUUGUGUGGGCAUUGGCGAUCGCCAUCCCCCUGGUCACCAUCCUGUACCUCCUGGCCAACGUCAGUUACCUGCUCGUGCUGUCAUCCAGGGAGAUCCUUUCCUCUGAUGCGAUAGCUGUGAGCUGGGGGAAUCAGGUUCUGGGAUCCUGGGCCUGGCUGGUGCCCUUGGCUGUUACGCUCUCCACACUUGGUUCUGCCAAUGGGUCGUUCUUCAGCGGAAGCCGUGUGUGCUAUGUGGCUGCAAGAGAGGGUCACCUGCCCCGGCUCUUGUCCAUGGUUCACGUGCAUCGGCUCACUCCUGCUCCAGCCCUGAUGUUCACCACAGCCCUGGCCUUGGUCCUGGUCAUCCUAGGAAACUUCAGCACCAUCGUGAACUUCCUGAGCUGUCUAGCCUGGCUCACCAAUGGAAUUACCAUCAGCUGUCUCCUAUAUUUGCGGAUGAAGAAGAAGAAUCUUCCUCGACCCUACAAGGUCUCAAGAGCCCCACCUCAUCCCUCUGCAGGUCCCUACCUUCAUCCCUGCCAUCACGGUCCUGGCUUCUCUCUACCUGGUGCUGGCUCCCAUCAUCGACUACCCCCAGAUGGAGUUCCUAUACAUCUUCCUGUUCCUGCUCUGUGGCUUCCUGGUGUAUUUCCUGUUUGUCCACUUCCAGUUCCAGCCCAGGUGUUUUCAGACAGCCACCCUGCAUCUGCAGCUGCUCCUGGAAGUUGCUUCAACCACUAAAACUAUUGACUGAGUGCCUGGACAGGUUCUGCACUGCCCUCUUGGCUGCAGGCACGUCUAUCCUCCUACGAGUGGCCUUGCCAGGUCCCGUGUAGGCAGACAACGCCUAAUUCUAGUAAGCUUUGUAAAUGCUGUCUGUCGUGGAGUUUGGGAUAAACCCCGAGGCCAGUGUCCCUCUUCUCUGAGAACUGCUCCGUCAACACAGCCACACUGAUGUCAUGUGACCGCCUCUCUGGGGCAUAGCUAUUUGACAGCUAUUUGUAACUAGGUUUGCAUCAGGAGAAAGUUCCCUUCUUAGGGAUUUGGGAAUGAGAAUUCUGUGGUCCUACUCAGCAUCUGAAGGUUGCACAAGCAGAGGAACUGUAAAUCUUGGGGUCAGUGUGACGUCGUCUUCUAUCGUGGGGGCAGAGAAGUGGAGAAAACCACUGUUGUAAGAAGAAUGAAAAUAUAAAUGAGAGGCGUUGAAAAACUAUGUGACUGUAAAGAUUGGGAGGAGGCUCUGAGAGGGUAGCAGCCCUGAUCCUGCCUAUUUGGUCCUGGUCCCUGUCCUUCUGUCCAGUUGCCAUCUGUGGUCCUUUCUGGGUUUCGAUCAUCCAGGAUAACCUAUUACUUCACAGUAAGUUUCUUAGGCCAACCUGUAGCCUGAGUAACUACAGGGGGCUGGAUUCUCCAUCGUCAACCACAUGGUCCAAACCCCAAAUCCAGUGGUUUGAAUAAACACACUGGGAGUUUGUAAUUGUGUGCCCAAAAUCCACAAAGGAGGGCUACAUGGAUGAGAAGGGAUUGCAGUGCGAC